AUGGAGAUGGCAGCACCGGGAAGUGCUGGCAGCCAGAGGGGCUUGCGGCACAAGCAGUACCAGAGGCAGAGGUUCAGAACCUCUGGCAUUCAGUCGCAAUUCACUCACCGUGGAGUGGAUCCCUGUGUCCAGAUCCUGGCACCAGUGCAGCGCCCCUGGAAUGCUUCUCCUCCUUUGGUGGUUUUCUUGUCAAGGAGCGGCAGUGAAGGCUGCCGCCACUCCCGCACCGCCCGCUGCCACCAUAAAACGGCGAGCGGGAGCGGACGGGCGCAGGCAGGCAGCGGCGGGCAGACGCCGGGACGCUGUGCCAUGGGCAACUGGCUGGUCAACCACUGGUUCUCGGCUGCCGUCCUCGUGGCCUGGCUGGGCAUCAACAUCUUCCUCUUCACCUACUACUUUCUGUUCUUUGAUCGUGAUGCACGGUACUUCUACACCAGGGCCAUUCUUGGGUGCCAUGCUGGGCAGAGCCAUGGGGCUGGCAGGGCUGCAGGCAGACAUAGCCCGUCUGUGGCACUGGACAGCAGCACUCAUCUCUCUCCUCAGUCUGCUUUGGCAUGGGCACGAGCAUCAGCUAAGUGCCUCAACUUCAACAGCAUGCUGAUCCUGCUGCCCAUCUGCCGCAAUCUCCUCUCCUUCCUCCGCGGGACCUGCUCGUGCUGUAGGCGCACACUGCGAAAGCAACUGGACCACAACCUCACCUUCCACAAGCUGGUGGCCUAUGCACUGGCCUUGCUCACAGCUGUACACACCAUUGCCCACCUCUUCAACUUGGAACGAUACAACCACAGCCAGCAAGCCACCGAUGGUAGCCUGCCUGCUGUCCUAUCCAAGAUGCACCUGCAAGACAGCAAGUGGCUGAACCCCAUCCACUCCAACCAGACAGUGAGUCUUGCCCUUGGCACCCAGCCACCUGCCAUUGCUUGUCUUCUGCCUUCCUAACCCAUCCUGCCACCCCUGCAGACCGUUGAGUAUGUGGCCUUCACCACCAUCCCAGGGCUGACAGGGGUCAUCAUCACGCUGGCACUCAUCCUCAUGGUCACAUCCUCCACGGAGUUCAUCCGCAGGAACUACUUUGAGGUCUUCUGGUACACACACCACCUCUUCAUUAUCUACUUCACUGGCCUCGUCAUCCACGGCAUUGCUGGGCUGGUGCGGGGGCAGACAGAGGAGAGCAUGGAGGAGGUGAACCCCCAUCGCUGCGCCCGCUAUCUCACGCACAAGGAGGACAACUGCUGGCAUGAUUGCUGCAAAGACCCUGAGUUCGGGAGCAUUCCUGCCGAGUCCUGGAAGUGGGUUCUGGCCCCUGUCCUCCUCUACAUCUUUGAGCGGAUCCUGCGGAUCUGGCGUGCACGGCAGAAGGUGGUUGUCACCAAGGUAGUCAUGCACCCUGCUCGUGUGCUGGAGCUGCAGAUGCAGAAGAGAGGCUUCCGCAUGGAAGUGGGGCAGUACAUCUUUGUGAACUGCCCUGCCAUCUCUCUGCUGGAGUGGCACCCUUUCACCCUCACCUCAGCACCAGAGGAGGACUUCUUCUCCAUCCACGUCCGGGCAGCUGGCGACUGGACAGAGCAUCUCAUAGAAAUCUUCCAGCAGCAGAAACCUAGGAUUGAGGUGGACGGCCCCUUUGGCACAGCCAGUGAAGAUGUGUUCCAGUACGAGGUGGCCAUGUUGGUGGGAGCGGGCAUUGGCGUCACCCCUUUUGCCUCCAUCCUGAAGUCCAUCUGGUACAAGUUCCAGCAGGCUGAUCAGACUCUCAAGACCAAGAAGAUCUACUUCUACUGGCUCUGCCGGGACACAGGAGCCUUUGCCUGGUUCAAUGACCUGCUUGCCUCACUGGAGCAGAAGAUGGCUGAAUCGGGCAGGGCAGACUUUCUCACCUACCGGCUCUUCCUCACUGGCUGGAACACCAGCAUCGCCAACAACGUGGCACUCCACUUUGACACUGCUGUGGACACAGUGACAGGCCUCAGGCACAAAACCAUUUUUGGGCGGCCCAUGUGGAACACCGAGUUUGCAGCAGUGGCUGCAGCCCACCCCAGGUCAGUAGUUGGUGUGUUCCUCUGUGGGCCAGGAGCCUUGGCAAAGAGCCUGCAGAAGUCUUGCCACCAGCACUCCAGCAUGGACCCCAGAAAAGUCCAGUUUUACUUCAACAAGGAGAACUUCUAAGUGGAAGAUAAGUUGGGAUGCCAGUGGACUGGGGACUUUGCCCAUCUGGCCUCACUCCUCAUGCCAGAGCAUGGCUUGGAGUAAGCAACUGCUGAGAAGUGCAUGCACCAAAGCCUGUCAAGACAUGGCAAGGUACUCCUCCAUGAGAAACUCUGGGUUGGAGGACUGCUGAUCUACAAGGAUUUCUCAAGGUGGUAGUGGGCCUGCAGCUCCACACAGCCUGCCCCUAGUUGAGAAACCAGAGGAAUGUGCUGUGAUGAUGCUGCUGGAACAGCAGUGGGAAGCAGCCAGGAUCACCCAGCAGGCUGGGCAGAACCUCAGGACAGGGAUGGGGACAGGAGAGGAGCACGCUAAGCAGGCGCUGGGGGACAAGCAUGCCCCUCUGGGUUUAAACAGUCUUUUGCAUCAAUGGAUAAAUUAAACAUCCUUUCCUUUGCAAUAAAAAACCUUUGUGGUGACCUAGAGAUCACAGAUUACAGGAUCAGAGGAUAUUAAGGGUUGGAAGGGACUCAAGGAGAUCAUCGAGUCCAACCCCCCUGCCACAGCAGGACAAUACCAUCUAAAACAGAUCACACAGGAACACAUCCAGACAGCCCUUGAAAGGCUCCAGAGGAGACUCCACAACCUCUCUGGGAAGCCUAUUCCAGUGCUCUGUGACCCUUACAGUAAUGAAGUCCCCCUUGUGUUGAGGCAGAAUCUCUUUUGCUGCAACU